GUGGAGAGUGAGCUCGUAUGGAUGAGCCAGCGUCCGAUAUCAGGAGAGAAGUCACAUAUAAGAGACAGUGUUAAUCUUUCUGUUCCUCCUGUGACUCUGAGGUCAGUGAAACAUGUCAGGACGGGUUCAGGAUCUCAGAGGUUUGUUCAGUGAUCCCACAGGAGGAGGAGGAGGAGGAGCAGCACCGUGCAGAGAAGAAGAAGAAGAAGAAGAAGAGCUCCACCGAGCAGGAACACAGCUGGCUGUGAUUUUAACACCUGAAAUAAAGCUGCAGGCAGAAGUGUUUCCUGCAAAUGUCCAGCAGCUGUCAGGGAUUAAAGAAGAGCCUCCAGAGCAGCAGGAGUGGAACUCCCGUCUGGACCAGGAGGACACGAAGCCCCCGCACAUUAAAGAGGAACUCUGGAGCAGUCCGGAGGGAGAGCAGCUUCAAGGACUGGAGGAGGAUGAUACCACAAAGUUCCUAUUCACUGUUGUCACUGUGAAGAGUGAAGAUGAUGAAGAGGAACCUCAGUCCUCACAGCUUCAUCAGAGACAAGCUGAUCAGAUGGAAACGAGAGAGGACUUUGGAGGAUCAGAAACAGCCUGGAACUCGCAUCCAGGGAGGUAUUCAACACCAGAGAUUGAGGUCCAGAUUGAAGACUCUUCUGAACCUGAGACUGAUGACAGUGAUGACUGCAGGGGGACCAGAGAGAACCAGUCAGGAUUAAACUCAGUUAAAAAUAAGAAGGUGAAGGCUGAUAGACCACACAGCUGCUGCGAGUGUGGUAAAAAUUUUAACUGUCAAGGAAAUCUGAUCAGACACAAGGUAGUUCACACAGGAGAGAAACCCUUCGGCUGUUCAGAGUGCGGGAAAAGGUUCACACAGAAAGAUCAUCUGAUCCGGCACAGAGUGGUUCACACAGGAGAGAAACCCUUCGGCUGCUCUGACUGCGGGAAAAGAUUUACACAAAAAAUCGAUCUGACACGUCACAUGGCGAAUCACAGGGAGGAGAAACUCUUCAGCUGCUCUGAGUGCCAUAAAAGAUUCAACAGGAAGUCUGAUCUGAUCGCUCACAUGGUUCAUCACACAGAGCUGAAACCCUUCAGCUGCUCUGAGUGCAGUAAAAAGUAUUACGAUAAAAGCAGUCUGGCCAGACACGUGCUAGUUCACACAGGAGAGAGACCCUUCAUCUGCUCUGUUUGCAGCAAAACAUUUAAACAGCAAGCGCACCUGACUUCACACAUGCUGGUUCACACGGGAGAGAAACCCUUCGGCUGCUCCGAGUGCAGUAAAAGGUUUUACCGCAAGUGGCAUCUGACCUCACAUAUGCUGGUUCACACGAGAGGCAGAGAGAAACGCUACGGCUGCAGAGUUUGUGAGCAAAGAUUCUCUUGGUGUUCUCAGUUAAACAAACACGAGUGUGUUGGCGGUCAGGCUUCAGAGCUUCAUCAAAACAUUGAAACGGGAGCUGACGAAGAGGACUGUGGAGGUUCAGUACAAGCCAGGAACUUAGAUGUAGAGAGACGUUUACAACCAGAGACUGAAAUCAAGACUGAAGACUCUUCUGAACCGGAAACUGAGGACGUUUAUGAUUUACCAACAACUCCUAACUUCAAGGGGCUUCCUGCAGACUUCCAGCAGCUGUCAGGGAUUAAAGAAGAGCCUCCUGAGCAGCAGGAGUGGAGCCCCCAUCUGGACCAGGAGGACACUAAGCCCCCUCACAUCAAAGAGGAACAGGAGGAACUCUGGAGCAGUCAGGAGGGAGAGCAGCUUCAAGGACUGGAGGAGGAGGAGGAUGAUACCACCAAGUUUCCAUUCACUGUUGUCUCUGUGAAGAGUGAAGAGGAUGAAGAGGAACCUCAGUCCUCACAGCUUCAUCUAAAACAGACUAAAAUGGUGGAAACAGAAGAAGAAGAAGACUGUGGAGGAUCAGAACAAGCCAUGAACUUGGAUCCAGAGAGUGAUUCACAACCAGAGAUUGAGAUCAAGGUCGAGGACUCCUCUGAACCCGAGACUGAAGACAGUGAUGACUGGAGGGAGACCAGAGAGGAUCAGUCAGGAUUAAACUCUGUGGCCGAGAAUAAAUCUCAUAUCUGCCGUCAGUGUGGCAAAGUUUUCAAACAGAAAUACCGUUUGACCAGACACAUGAUAAUUCACAGGGAAGAGAAACCCUUCAUCUGCCCCAGCUGUGGUAAAACAUUCAAAAAGAAGGGGAACCUGAGCCAGCACAUGGUAACACACACUGGAGAGAAACCCUACACCUGCACUGAAUGUGGUAAUAGAUUUAACAGCAAUGGUCAUCUGACCAGACACAUGAUAAUUCAUACCAGAGAGACACCAUUCAGCUGCUCUGAUUGCGGCAAAAGCUUUAAGUAUAAAGACUGCAUGACCCGACAUAUGAUCAUUCAUGAAGUAGAGAAACCAUUCAGCUGCUCUGAGUGUGGGAAAAGAUUUAACCAUAAACACGGCGUGACCAAACACAUGACGAUCCACACGGGAGAGAAAGCAUUAAACUGCUCUGAGUGUGGGAAACGGUUUAAUCAGAAGUCCAGUCUUACCAGACACAUGAGGAUUCACACCGGAGAGAAACCCUUCAGCUGCUCCGAGUGUGGGAAGAGAUUCGGACGAAAGUUUUGCCUGACGACUCACAUGGCCCUGCAUGAAGAAGAGAAACCCUUCAGCUGCCCAGAAUGUGGUGAAAGAUUCAAUCAUAAGUCUGGUCUGACCGCCCACAUGGAGUAUCACGGAGGAGAGAAACUCUUCAGCUGCUCUAAGUGCGGGAAAAGAUUUAACUUUGAGCAAAAUCUGUACAAACACAUGUUAGUUCACACCAGAGUGAAGCUCUACAGCUGCUCCGAGUGCGGGAAAAGUUUUAAGCAGAAGUUUUACCUGAGGCUUCACAUGGCACAUCACAGUGGGGACAAGCCUCUCAGCUGCAGUGCUUGUCACCAAACUUUCUCUCUGCGUGCUCAGUUAAAAAAACACAAAUGUCAAAACCAGACUGAGGAGAAACAAGAGGCAGGAGCUGAAGAAGAGGACUGUGGAGGACCUGGACGAAUCAGCAGCUCUGAUCGAGAGAGUCAUUUACAACCAGAGACUGAGGUCAAGACUGGAGACUCUUCUGGACCUGAGACUGAAGACAGCGAUGAUGAGACAAGAAGAACCGCCGCAGUGCCUGCUAAAAGUCCCAGCUCGAUGGAGCCAAAAGAACCACAUCAACUGUAAAAAAGCAGAGAUGGAAUUCUGAGGACCCCAAACUGGAGAGUGGCAGCAAUGAAAACCAAUUGUUCAUCCAAGGUUCCAAGUUCGGCCAGGGCCUCUUUUCCAGUUUGCCACUCAACGGGCACUGUCCCAGACCUCAAUGUAACUUUGAAGAGGCGUGUCAACCAAGACAACCCAACAAUGUACAUAGUCUUCAGCAUCUCAGGGCGAAUCUCAUCCACCCCUGGCACCUUGCCACUGAGGAACCUUAGGACUACCUCAGCAACCUCUGCUAAGGAUAUGGACGAGGCUUCCCCUUGGUCUUCAGACACCGCCUCCUCCUUGAAGGAUGUGUCAGCUGGAUUGAGGAUUUCCUCAAAGUGUUCCUCCCAUCCCCUGACGAUACACAACCAUGGACGCUUUUAAGAAAGCAAUCAAAACGCACCUUUUCCUCAAGGCCUUUCCCCGUUAGACAUCCCCACCUACCCCCCAGACCCCCUACCUGGCCCUGUG